CAUUGACAUGAGCAACAAAUCAGUCGUCUGCUGAUAGUUGAAGUGAAAGAUACAAUUCAUCUCUCCGAAAGGGAUUAGUUGAAUUACAAAAUAAAAAAAAAAAAAAGAGUUAAGAAUUUAUCGUUGUGCCAUAUGAGUGUUAGAUACUAAAAAAAAAAUUAUUACCAAUCAUCUUGAAAAACAAACUCACCCCUCUUAGUGCAAUGAAAAAUUAAUGUGUAUUUUCUAAAAAUAUAAAAACUCUACCCGAACUGAACUUAUAAAAAAAACAAGUGUUUGUGAAAAAAUAAGAAAAAAAAAAAUUGUGAAAAAAAAAUACCUGCUGACAUAUUAAAUCAGCCAACGGAUUAAUCUCUAUCAUCAUCAUCUUCUCAACAACAGAACAACAAAACUUAUAAAUAAGAUGAAUCAAACGUGUAAGGUAUGUGGCGAACCUGCCGCCGGUUUUCAUUUUGGUGCCUUUACUUGCGAAGGAUGCAAGUCAUUUUUCGGUCGAUCAUACAACAACCUUUCGUCAAUCAGUGAAUGUAAAAAUCACGGCAAAUGCGUCAUUGAUAAGAAAAACCGUACAACUUGCAAAGCAUGCAGAUUGCGCAAGUGUUACACAGUGGGCAUGUCCAAAGGCGGCUCACGCUAUGGCAGACGCUCGAAUUGGUUCAAAAUCCAUUGCUUGUUGCAGGAACAACAACAGCAAGCUGCCGAAGCCGCCGGCAAACACGGUUUUGGCGGUGAUAUGGGAUCGGCUGCGGCUGCUGCUGCCGUCGCCGCAGCACAAGCACCAUCUCUAGCCUCACACAUGGGAAUGUUAGGCUAUCCGGGCUAUUUGCCGGAAAUGAUGUCAAAUCCGGAUGCAUUUAAAAGUUCAUUUCAUAGUCAAUUUUUGUCAAGACAUCCUGAUGCAGCUAUAGCAGCUGCCGCUGCUGCUGAUUACCAUCAACAUCAGCAACAACAACAAAUGCAGCAAUCUUCAGCAUCAUCAGCUGCAGCAGCAGCAGCAGCAAUGCCAUUCUUCAUGAUGAACUCAAUGCCAAUAUCAUCACGAUCUGCAUUCCAAUUGCCACCACAUUUGCUCUUCCCUGCUGGCGGACCGGGUGGAUAUCAUGCUGCUGCGGAUGCAUAUCAUCGUGCCGAUGAAAUGUUUAAACAUCGUCAGUCUGUGGAUACAUUGUCCGAAGGUUCGAAUAAUCGUUGGAAUGAAAGUUGCAGUCCUGAGGCUAGAAAUGAAGAACUUAUUAGUCCUGCUGCUCGUUGUUCAUCCAAAUCACCAUUAAAUGAUCGUGAAAGAAGUCCAUCGUCGGUUAGGUCGAUGACACGUUCACCACUUGAAGUUAGUCGAACUCCAGAGAGUCGCGAAUCACCAAAUCUGCCUGCACAAGAAGCUCAAAUUGAUAUAAUGGAUCCUUCUGCUUCGCCAAUUCAUUCCCACCAUUCAUCAUUACCAUCACCAAUCACCCACAAUAUCACACCCACCACCACCACAAAUGAAGAAGCCGCUGCUUAUCAUAUGAAAUUGCAAUCAGAAUCACCAGUUUCGAUUUGUUCUGUAACCGAUCAAGAACAAGAUAGUCCAAUGGAUUUGAGUAUGAAAGCGCAACGCAGUCGAUCUGCAUCGAGAACUGCUUCCACAUCAGUCCCUUCCGAUAGCCAAAGUUUAAUUUCCGGUGGAGAAAGUGAUAUUCAAAGUGAGUCGAGUGAAGAAGAAAUUCGUUUGGCACGAAGGAAAUUCUAUCAUUUGAGUGAAAAUGAAUCGGAUGUCUCACAAGAUAUUGCAGAAAGUGUUAAAAGGCAAAAGCUUGUUGAAGAACAAGGAUAUAAUUAUGGGGUCAGUAGUAAUGGGAGUAUGAAUUCAACUAGUCUAAGGGGUAUUUUUGUUUGUGUUUAAAUAAUUUGUAAUUCAAUUUUUUUUUUUUUUUUGAGAAAAAGUUAUAAUUGUUGAAAAUUUAAUUAUUAAAUUGUAAAUAUAUUUUUUGAAAUGAGAGUAUGAAAAUAGAAUUAAUUCUUGAGGAUUGUAAAUAUUAAUUUUUAAUUUUAAAUAAAUUUUUGUUUUUUUUAUAGAGUUUAAGUGUUUAGUUAUAAGAAAAUUAAAAUAUAAAUAAAUUAAAAU